AUGUUUUCAGCCGACCCAACACAGGGUGGAACUGGAUGGGCUCACACGGGAGGUGUCACUAGGAGAGAGUUUGCAGAGCCUCUGAAUGACCAGGCAAAGCCAAGAGUCCCAUUAGAAGUGGUUUAUUUACUAGGGAGUGGAGGAACACGGGCACACAGCCGUUUAACCAAAAUGAACCGUAGGGAGAGAUCCGCUGCCAAACUGCCUGCAAUAUGCUUUGAACUCUUGCUUGCCUUUGGAGGUGGAGUUCUCUGUGGGCACCUUCAUUCUGUGCCUGGAUUUCAAGAGAGUCCAAUGGGGGCUCCUGUGAACACUGCAAGGGCUCUCAUUUUCCGCCUCGGGCCCCCGGCCACCUGCCUUGACUUUCACGCACAAGAAAUCUGGCCGCACCUCCUUGCAUACAGGGCCGGCUGUUCCAUGAGGCAGAGUGAGGCAGCUGCCUCUGGCGGCAGAUUCUGA